CAGGUUGUCCCCACUGCUGUUGCACGAAAAUCUGAAAUUGAGCAUAUUAAUGGCACAUACCCUAUAUGGCAGGGCCUAUGACAAAUUGAUUAUGAAUAUGAUAAUGUGGUAUGACUAAUGUGACUGUACUGCUGGAGUAAAGGAUUUUACUUCUGUACUGACGACAUCAUUUUACCCAGCGGAGGUGAGCUAUUCAAGUUAUUGUGUGAUUAUCUAAAUAACUAUUUUAAAAGCUUUAAUUAUCUGAACACGUGGUUUUGACUCGACCCAAGAGAAAUUGGACUUUGAAGGGGCGACGUUUGUUUGCCCAUGGAGCUAUUAAACACUAAUAGCUCCAUGGUUUGCCACAAUCUUUAGCUUGUUGUGUUAUUGAAAUUGUAGUUUGUAUAGUGUACAGGUUUACCCAGCAAUUUUGUAAAGAAGUAGCAGUUUAAGGUAAAUAUUGUAGUUGUUAUGUCAAUGUCAUCAUAAUCGUUAUUGCAUCAUAGUUAUUUUGCUUAUUUCCUUACUAUGGUCUUUGAUAUAGAGACUUCAGCUGAGCUGAUCGACUUCCAGAAUGGGCAACGAGAAAUCGCGGACCAAGUACGAAACUCCGGGUGGGGUUACCAAGAAAGGGGAGCGGGUCGGCGCUCAUAGCAGCAUUCCUGACGAUCCCGUGCCGUACGCAGGCAGCCUGUGGCAGUACUGUUUUGUCAACAUCGAGGCUUCACUUAAAGCUAAAGUUAAAUUUUUCUCGGCCCCCAUCAUAACGACCAACAUCGAUGCCUACUAUGACGUGAUCUCCCAGCCUUACACCGAGGGAUUUGUCAUGAAUCAGUUCCAGUCUAUCCCCGGAGUGAUGAGGCAAGGAGGAUUCAGCUACAAAGUCGCUGUCCCAUACCAGGCUAUCUUGUCACGACCGGUCAAUGCGCCACCCUCUCAUGAGCGAUGGCAGCUGAGGGUGGAGAAAAGUUUCCUGCAGACGCAGUUGACGGUUCAGUUUUUCACAUCACAGGCAACAGUAGUGUCUGACACAUCGGACAUACACCAAAAGAUAAACGCAGUCGUAUCGCAGGGUGGGCGUUUGAUAUGCGUCGAAAUCACCGGUUUCCAGCAAGGCUUGCGGCAGGCAAGGUCGCGAUACCCGGAAGUCAAAGGCGUGGAUCUGUUCUUCAACAUGCCGCUGCACCCAAACCCUCAGAUCUACGUCUACCAAGCCGUUAGCGUACCGGUCCAGUUCAAGCUGACGUCUUCGUAUCCUCAGCCGCGCAUCAAGGUGCUGACAGACUUCAUGGGCCAGUUUGCCGCCUUCUUACAGAAGGGUUGGAAGCUAGUGGAGAUCAACUUUGACUCUUCCCUUACGACACAACCCGGUUUCUUCACGGCACAUGCCAGUAUGAACUCCAUCUGGUUCUUUGAGAAGGAAGCGUCUAUGAUGCACAGCGAGGUUCCGGAAUGGGAAGGCACUAUUGUGGAAUACGAACACAAAAUUGGGCGCACAUUUGGUGGCACCAAAGCCAAGACCAACUGGGAUCCAUUGGUGGGCGAGAUGGGCCAGCGGGGCUGGGAGCUAGCCUGCCUGGUGGAAUCACCAGAGAUGUACGCCACGGGAUUCUCAACAGCGGCCAUUAAGGUUAUCUUGUUCUUCCAACGUCGUAUCUUGCGACCCGCGGGAGCUGAAGGGUUUGCCAGAACCCCUCUGGGUGGGCAACCCCCUCCCCAAGGGAGUUAUCCACCACCCCAGGGGGCCCAGGGGGGUUAUCCCCCACCCCAGGGGAGUAAUCCCCCACCCUAUCCAGAUCCGUCCCAGGGGGGCUACCCUGGAAAUUCCCCAGAGGAGGAAAAAAAAGUGAGUGACCUUUGAGAAAGUACAGAUUCAACUUACACUGUAAGUGUCAAAUCCUUAACUUUGGAGCGGAAAGGACACCAUCAUGUGACUGGUUGAUGUACAUACAUGACAUAUCAUAGUAAUAUACCGUAUUAGAAUAUAGGAAUUUGUGAAAUAUGUUUCAUAAAAAAAAUUGUUUAUGUUUGAGUUGAUAUUUUCAGGCCUUUGAAAAAUCUAGCAGUUUUAAAGCUAUAGUCCAUCAUUUGCAGCCAUCCGAAAAAGUAACUGGCAUAUUAUUGUUGAAAUAC